AUGACACGUACUAGUGAUAGUGAUGUUGACAUGACAGAUAACGAUACUCAGCCAAUGACACAACUUAGAGGGACGGAACUUCUAAGCAACAUUGAGCGUAGACUAUUAGAUGCUGGAACUAGCGAGAGACACGAUGAAGGAAACAAAGACGAUCAUUUAAGCACGAAACCAAGCGGAGGUCAUGGCGAUUUGGACGAGAAUCCAGACGAGAAUCCAGACAAGAAUCCAGACAAUAAUCCAGACAAGAAUAAUCCAGACAAUAAUCCAGUCAAUAAUCCAGUCAAUAAUCCAGUCAAUAAUCCAGUCAAUAAUCCAGUCAAUAAUCCAGUCAAUAAUCCAGACAAUAAUAAUCCAAACGAGAAUCCAGACGGGAAUCCAUCGUUCAAGAACUCGGGUCUAGACGACGAUGCGGACGACGAUCCGGCUAAGAUGUCAGACUCCACGAAGCAAAAGAACAAACGUGAUUCUGAGAUAUUGCCCGUUAGGACUCAUGAUGAAGGUCAAGUUCAUACCGAUGACCCGGUUCAGUUGCAACAAAAUUCAGUAUCAAAUCCAGGACGCCCUAGCCAGCCUAGUAAUCAUCCAGGAACGCAAAACUUCAGUAAUCAUCCACCACCAAACAGCUUUAAUGUUGAUGGCAACGAACACCAUAGUCAAAGCGUACUUCCUGAAAAUCGUCGCGAAAGUAUAAUGGCACAAGUAAGCGGAACAGUGAAUCACCGAACAUCAGCUUCAGAUGAAUUAGAUGAAGUUGUACGAUACUUGGCUCUUGAUAGUAUCGGUCUUAAUGACGAUCCAUUAAAAUGGUGGCAAAAUCAUAAAAAUAGUUUACCAGUUCUUGCACAACUGGCGAGGGAAUAUCUUUCAAUUCCUGCAACUUCAGUCCCUUCUGAGAGACUAUUCUCAGAUGCUGAGAAUCAUAUAACAGCAAAGAGAACGCGUUUAUUACCGAAUUUA